GGGAGCGGCACUAUGCUGGCCCGGUGCCUCCGCUGGCUCCGGCACCCCUGCGGGCGCUCCAUGCCUGCCUCUGAGGCCGUGCUGCAGCCGUCCCCCAGCAAGAGGCAGAAGGGCUCGGGGCCUGGGGAGGCCCCCCUGCGGCUCCGCUUCACCAAGCUGUCCGAGAACGCCUUCGCGCCCUCCAGGGGCUCCGCGCGGUCUGCGGGCUAUGAUCUGUACAGUGCCUAUGACUGCGUGAUACCACCCAUGGAAAAGGCUGUGGUAAAAACAGACAUUCAAAUAGCACUUCCUUCUGGAUGCUAUGGCCGAGUAGCACCACGUUCUGGUUUAGCUGCAAAGCACUUCAUAGAUGUUGGAGCUGGUGUUAUUGAUGAGGAUUACAGGGGAAAUGUUGGUGUGGUACUGUUCAACUUUGGCAAGGAGACAUUUGAAGUUAAAAAAGGGGAUAGAAUUGCCCAGCUUAUUUGUGAACGCAUUUAUUAUCCUGAGCUAGAAGAAGUUGAAGCUCUGGAUGAUACAGAACGUGGCGAAGGUGGCUUUGGCUCUACUGGGAAGAACUGAAAAUUACUUGAAUACGCUUUCUGUUUUUUUUUUUUUUUGUUAUACUAUUUCUAAAUUUUCAUCUGAAUUAGAAGUAGGAUUUUUGGAGUACAUAUUUCAAGUUUUAUUGAGACUUCUCUGUAUGUGUCCUUCAGUGUAUUUGUCUUCAUAAUGAGGAAAUGUGCAUGACUGGCUUGACUUACUAGUUGAUGUAUUAUUUUUCCUUUCCAGAGGUUUGGUCCUCAGCAAUAAGAAUGCAUUGUUUAUUUGGCAAUUACACUGUAAUAAAUGAAAAAAUAACUUAAUGAUUUGUUAUAAUUUACUCACCUAAACUACAACAGCCAAUUGUUCCCUUGCCAGUUUUUGUUAGACUUCUGAAACCUAUCUUCCACAUGGCUCAGGAUUUCAUACUGAGAGCCUAUUUCAUACAGCAUCAGUGACAGUAUCUAUCAGACCAUCCCACUCUGACCCCUAAAUCAGAAUAAGACAAAGAUAUUUAACAUUGCAUCCUCUACAACCUGUCCAAAUACUUGUGUUUCUGUUCAAACCUAAAGUUCUGACUUUGAUCCGUAGCUGGUCUUCAAGUGGCCAAUUU